UUCAAAUACAGGUGAACUCGGAACAUGAAAUGCCUAAAACAAGUAUUUUCUUAUCUCUAAGGUUAUUUCUUUUAUCACAUUAUCUUACACUUCAAGGUCAUUUUAGAUGUAUUUAUUAAGAUGAUUUUUAGUAUGGAUUUCCGCUGUCAUAACGAUAUUAGAUUAAUACAGAAUAAAAAUGUCCUAUGAUUAUGGAGAAAAAUAUGGUCCUCAUACCUGGGUUUUACGCUUCCCCAAUGCUGGUGGUACGAAACAAUCACCAAUUAAUCUUAAUACAAUGACAAUGAGGAUGGAUGACUCCUUGUCCCCGAUAAACGUUGAUUUGUCUGGCUUACAAAAGCAAAUACUGCAUGUCAAAGACCAUAACUUCUCUGUGGAAGUCAAAGGAAAUGCUGUACUAUCUGGAGGUCCAUUGAAUUCAGAAUAUAAAUUGGCACAAUUUCACCUCCAUUGGGGAUCUGGUAAUAACUGGGGUUCUGAACAUAUGAUCAACGGGGUUAGCUGUCCAUCUGAGUUACACUGUGUAUUUAUUAAUGCUAAAUAUGGAACAAUGGAAACUGCUUUAACUUAUUCAGAUGGACUAGCGGUUGUGGGCAUAUUUUUUCAGUUAGGUAAAUCAUCCAACAAUGCCUUAAAACGCUUAUGCGCCCAGUUGAAAUCAACGAAGAAGGGUGAAAGCAAGGAAAUUCAACCGAUGCUUGAUUUAGCCACUCUUUUCCCAAAUGAUUUGUCCAGAUACUAUACAUACUCUGGAUCACUGACAACUCCCCCGUGUAAUGAAUGUGUCACUUGGAUAGUACUAGAUGAACCUGUAGUUAUGAGUGUUGAUCAGCUUGAAACACUGAGAGAAAUGCACGCGAAUUGUGUAUCUUGUGGCAAUACAGACAACUUCCGUCCAAUCUGUCCUGUUGGUUCACGUUCUGUCAGGUGUUCCUUUCGUGUGUAACUCGGUAACAAGGCUUUAGUCAAAAUUCAGAGAAAAAUAUAAUUCGUAUAUAUAUAUAUACUACAAACGUGUAUACAAUAGUUCAUUACAACGAACACUUGGUCAGAAUCUGUACGCCUCCUGCACUGUAGCCUAGGCAAUUUUAAACCGGAGUAUUGAAUAACACCGCUGUAUUCCCAGAGUUUUAUAUCACUUGAGACCAUAACCUACCGUAAAUCACAUUCUCCAUAGAUAGAAUUCUCAACCCACCUAUGGACGAUUUUCACUUUUAGAAAAGUCACAGUCAUUUUGAAGAAUUUUCACACACCUGACAACACACACACAAAUCUUCGUCUAAUUUUCUGUGUUAUCUCUUACUACUUACUACUUCAGAUUUAUUGUAAUAAUUAACUUCAUUUUCCUCCUGACAAUUUACUCUAUUCCCUCUUUCAAUCACUGCCUAUCAGUCAACAGUGUCGUUGUAAGUCUUUAUGAGGUAAUCAGCUUGUGAUUACUAGUCGUCAACAGUAUCCUCAAUCACUAUCACUAUCAUCAUCACCACAACACGAAUACUUUGUCAACCAAUCAACUAUUGUAAUCUAGAUAUUCUUUAUCUUUAUAGAUUUGAUCAAAACAGAAUAUGUUUAGUUUGCAUAGAUUACUUCAAUUAUAUAUAUAUACUUUUAUUUCUG